CCCACACGCCCUUUCCAAACUGAUGUUUCACGAAUUCACACCUUCCUGAGUCAACAAUAUAGUAUGUCUGGUAAAUGUCGACAGGGAGGGAAGAGCGGUGGAGAUGUCUCUGAAAGAAAUAUUAACGACUUGGAAUGAAGCAAUAAUUCAUUUUGAAAGUGGAAGAUAUGAAGAAGCCAUUGAUAGAUUUCGACAAAUCACCGACCCAUCGGCUAAAAUCCUUUUCAACAUUGGUGUGGCAUAUCUGACCGGGGCAAUACCUCGUCACGACCAGGCUUUGAAGUGGUUCUCUGAUGCCAUUACCAAAGAUCCAUUUUUGGCGGUGGCCUAUUUUCAAAGAGGAUGCACGUAUCUGAAACUGAAAAGGUACAGGGAGGCGGAGGCCGACUUUCGGAGUACAUUGGACAAAAUGAGAGGCAGCAAUCUGAUUGACUACAGGCAGCUUGGACUUCCCAUCAAACUGUACACAAGCCAGGUGCUGAUGAACCUGGCUGUGGCGUUACAGAGCCAGUCUGACACACAGGGAGUGUGUGAAUGUGUUCAGAAUGCAUCUCGACUCGUGAAGGAUCCACAACAUGAACGUGCCGUCAUCGCUGCCUUGUCCUCCUUGCCGACCCCUAAUCUGUCACUGCUGGAACUCACGGUAAAGGAGUCGGUUUUCCGUCCGUCAAAGUCACUUGUUGCCAACCUACAGAAGAAAGAUUUCCUGGGCAAGGCAAAGGUGGUGUCGUCGAUAUCCCCACAUGACAAGUUUGUUGGAUUUGAAGGUGCCAGGAAGUGCCAUUCCACCCCAGCGUCUCCAAAUCCAUCCAGAAAAGGUGACCAUCUAAGUGUCGACAAAAUCAAGGCCAUGAAGGGGUCCUUGACCCCUCCACCUCCGACCCGACCUGCUCCAAAUCCAUCAAGAAACAGCGACCCUCUAAGUGUCAACAGUGUCAAGGCUAUGAAGGGGUCCUUGACCCCUCCACCUCCAACCCGACCUGCUCCAAAUCCAUCCAGUAAAAGUGACCAUCUAAGUGUCGACAAUAUCAAAGCCAUGAAGGGGUCCUUGACCGCUCCACCUCCGACCCGACCUCCUCCAGAUCCAUCCACUAAAAGUGACUGUCUUAGUGUCAACAAUGUCAAGGCCAUGAAGGGGUCCCUGACCCCACCACCUCCGACCCGACCUGCUCCAGGUCCGUCCACUAAAAGUGACCAUCUUAGUGUCGACAAUGUCCAGGCCAUGAAGGAGUCAACCCCUCCACCCCCGACCCGACCUCCCCCUGCACUGCCACCUGAUGCUAUCAAGGACUUCAACAGUAAAUAUCUCAAAACAAGUUCGGGAAUAAAUGGCCAUGUAAGGUCAAGUUCAGGUGAAAGGUCAAGGCCAAUUCCACCAAGUCGUACUCCACCCGUUUUGAAAAAUGAAACGGCUUCAGUGAAGAGAGACAAACCGCCACGGCCACCCCCACCAGUGCUAAAGCGGAGAGUUUAGCUGUGUUUAUAUUCUUGUUUCAACAGUCAUAACUGUAGAUGAUCAUCCAUGGUUUGUUUUUACUCGUAGGCAUGAAUCAGUUGAUUUAUUGCUUAUAGCUAGUCAGAAAUAUACUUACUGUGAUGCUAUUGCCUUGAAGCAGGUCAAGAUUUUCCUCAGUAGGAAAUAGAUUUACAGGUUCUAGCCUCUGUAAUGAAAUGGCUAUAAUUCAGCCAUGUUUUAUCCACUGAAUUCAGUUUUAAGGUAUCACCUCAAAAGUGUGAAUUUGAAGUUAAUGGUUAAUGGGGAUGGUUAGCCGGGUGGUUAAAGCGUUCACCAAUCAUGCCGAAGACCCUGGUUCGAUUC